AUGUUCCCCGAGCGCGCGCGGGCGGCGGCGAGCACCAGCGCCCCGCGCAGCCUGGAGCAAGCCAACCGCACGCGCUUUCCCUUCUUCUCCGACGUCAAGAGCGACCACCGGCUGCUGCUGAGCACCGUGGAGACCACUGUGCUGGCGCUCAUCUUUGUGGUGUCGCUGCUGGGCAACGUGUGCUCCCUGGUGCUGGUGGCGCGCCAGCGGCGUCGCGGCGCCGCGGCUAGCCUGGUGCUCAACCUCUUCUGCGCGGACCUGCUCUUCACCAGUGCCAUCCCGCUGGUGCUGGUCGUGCGCUGGACCGAGGCCUGGCUGCUGGGCCGCGUCGUCUGCCACCUGCUCUUCUAUGUGAUGACCCUGAGCGGCAGCGUUACCAUUCUCACGCUGGCCGCGGUCAGCCUGGAGCGCCUGGUGUGCAUCGCGCGCUUGCAGCGCGGCGUGCGUGUUCCGGGGCCGGGGGCGCAGGCCGCGAUGCUGGCGUUCAUCUGGGGCUACUCGGCGCUCACCGCGCUGCCCCUCUGCAUCUUCUUCGAAGUCGUCCCACAGCGGUUUCCCGACGCCCACCAGGAGAUCCCCAUUUGCACGCUGGUUUGGCCCAACAUUGCCGGAGAAAUUUCAUGGGAUGUGUCUUUCGUCUCUCUGAACUUCCUGGUGCCGGGGCUGCUCAUUGUGGUCAGCUACUCCAAAAUUCUGCAGAUCACGAAGGCAUCGCGGAAGAGGCUCACCACGAGCCUGGCGUACUCCGAGAGCCACCAGACCCGCGUGUCCCAGCAGGACUUCCGGCUCUUCCGCACCCUCUUUCUGCUCAUGAUCUCCUUCUUCGUCAUGUGGAGCCCCGUCAUCGUCACCAUCCUCCUCAUCCUGGUGCAGAGCUUCCGGCAGGACCUGCUCGUCUGGCCAUCCCUCUUCUUCUGGGUGAUGGCCUUCACCUUCGCCAACUCAGCCCUGAAUCCCAUUCUCUACAACAUGUCGCUGUUUAGGAAUGAAUGGAGAAAAUUUUUUUGCUGCUUGUUGCGUCCAGAAAAGGGAGCCAUUUUUACAGACACAUCUGGCAGAAGAAAUGAUCUGUCUGUUAUUUCCAACUAG